AUGAUGUUGGAGCUUAAAUUGAUUCUUCUUUGCCUGCCAUCGAUUCUCCUAGCCACCACGCUAGAUUCCGACAACAAAUCCAUACUGGCCAACACGGACUGGAAAAAGCUAUGGCUGGAGUCGGGCCAGCUGAGCUCGAGCGGCAGGAUAGACAAUCACCUCGACAGCAGCGAUUCGACGCUAAUAGACGAUGGCGAGGUGAUGGCGCACAACACAACCGUCCAGCUCGGUGGAGUCGCGUUCCUCGUGUGCAAAGUGGCUGGCGUGGACAGAGUGGGUGUAAAUUGGAAUCAAAUCUCGUGGAUCAGACGGCGGGAUUGGCACAUUCUUUCGUCCGGUGCGCAGAUGUAUACCAACGACGAGCGGUUCGCGAUCCUUCACACGCCCGGUUCCAACACGUGGACGCUACAGAUCAAAUUCGUUCAGCGACGGGAUCACGGUACCUACGAGUGUCAGGUUUCGACACCAACCGGGAUCAUUUCGCAUUUCGUGAACCUGCAAGUGGUCGUCCCGGAAGCGUUCAUCCUCGGCUCCGGCGAGCUGCACGUGGAUAUGGGAUCAACAAUCAAUUUAGUUUGCAUAAUUGAGAAGAGUCCACAACCGCCCCAGUACGUGUACUGGCAGCGCAACGAUCGGAUGAUCAACUACGACGACUCGAGGCGAGACAUCAGCAUCGAGACGACGCCCGGCCCGCGGACGCAGAGCCGUCUCAUUAUCCGCGAGCCGCAGAUCAACGAUUCGGGCAACUACACCUGCUCGGCCAGCAACACCGAACCCGCCAGCAUAUACGUGUUCGUGUCGAAAGGUGACAACACGGCAGCGAUCUCACGCCGAAAAACGAGCGGAGCAGCGGCAACUUCCCAGCUGUCCGCCAUCCUGUUCGAGUGUCUGUUCUUUCCCAGCGUGAUACUGUCCUAUCUGCUGAAGUCGAGCUAUGCCUAAUGGAUGGAUCCGAGAAACGGGCCACCGCGUAAUACAGGUUGACGCCGGAGUUGAGACUGGCGAUGAGAAAUUUAAAACCUUCCCCCAUUUUGGUUUGACCUUUGACAACAGCUGUACUUCCAAGAAGUGUACCGGUAUUGCUUUCACAGGGUGACCACACGGACAAAGCCGUACCCUCGGUACGCACCGUACGAUUGUGGAUCGCUGAUUAACGAUCGUCGGAAGUAGAGUGCGACAAACCAGUGAGCGUAAAAGGUUCGAGCAUCCCACUAGCAGGGAGCGUCUUCUUUGUAAAUAGGUAGUAAUGCGUUUCAUUUCGGUCAGUACAUUUUGUGUUUGCCUGUUUUCGCGCACCUCACGUUCACCUCGCGGCUGGUGGUUGGGUUCGUUCGGUGGGUUCGAUCGCUCGAUCAACUCGAAAAACACGUGUCACGCCCUUUCCCAGCUCGGGAAACCAUUAAAUAAAUUAACUCGCUGAAUACGAAACAAGCAAUAUCUAGCGGUGUGGAAAGCGGGCUGACCGAAAAUAAGCACCGAAGAAGUGCAACAAACGAAACAAAAAAAUAAUACACCUCACUGCCCGGCGUCCAGCGCUCGAAACGAAAACAGUGCGCCCGAAGCACGAGAUGACCCGCCCAACGGUAUGGUCACGUGUAAAUAAAUCGAGAGCUUAAAAAUUAAAUGGACACACGCGCGCACGCAACAACCACAACAAAAAAGCAGAGCGAAGCGAAUCAAGCGCUAUCGAGAGCGGGAAAAAGGGUUAAAAAAAACAAACCAGUAGGCAUUUGGGGGUGGCAAAAACAAAAUGGGUCCAGCAGCUCAUCCCUGGCCUCGCGCACGUGGAUGCAUGCAUAGUUAAAACGCGCAGUACGGUUGGCGAAUGAAUUAAUCAAACAUGACUUGUGCCACCGGAAGCGCUGGUGCAUGCGAUCCGUUUUCGGGAAAGGAGCGAACAAUGCGCAAAAACAAAACUACUGGAGAUGCGUGCAAAAGGAGAAACAUGACGAAAGAAAAAAAGAAACGAGAUAACCGUAACAGCAAACCGAAUGGGAUGAAUAAAACACAGUUGAAACAAUACAAACUAAGAGCAUUGACAAACGCAAAAAUGGAUGCAUAAUUAAAGCACGAGCUAAAACAAGCGAACAGAAAGCGUUGCACUCGCGACCCGCGCGUGGGUGUGCGUGCGCGCGUUGUGCAAAUUAACGCAAAAUGGCAAAUUAAACGACGCUCCACGAGUUGGCCGGGUGGAACAAGAAACGCGCAUCCGAUAGUCUGUAAAUGGAGAGGCCUCGGAACAAAAUGGAAACUUUCGGUCCAGUGCAAGUCCGAGGCGCAUAAUGGGGAUGCGUACGCUCGAAUGGUGCAGAAAAUAAGUGGAAUCGAAAAUCGGCCCUUACAAUCACACCAUCACAAACACGGCGCAAGCGAGAGAAUGAAGCAAAAAGCGCGGGCACACGCGAACUACGUGUGGCGAAAUUUGUAAAUACCAAACCAUUCGCACGAUCCAGCCAUUCCGUUCGCAACCUCUCCACUGGUUCGGCAGACAAAUCAACACAAAAGUGCAUUAAUAAUGCAUCGCAAGCCCACCCGCGAUUGCCGGCCCGAUUGAAGUGAAAAACGAAAAAAAAAAGAACCCAACCGCUUUCAAUAAGCCAAACAAAUGGUGAACCAGAUAAUGAACAGGAUACCCCAUCGGCUGGAAUGGUUCUCGCCUGCUCGGAUGCGUGCUCGUGUGUGUGUGUGUAUUUGCAUGGAAUGCAGCUGAUUGCCCGGCUUCAUUGAUGAAACGCUUCAUUUACAACUGCCCCCAUCGAGCCUGGUGUACGUGGAAAAUUCCCGAUUCCACUGAAAGCACAAGAAACUGUGCGUCUAUCGUUCUGUUCCGCUUGAUAAACGCCUGCACAGGCAAGCGAACCGGAAUGGCUCAACCACUGCUGGUGAGUGGGGGUGGGUGUGGAUUUUCCCGCCCGAUCAACAACAACAAAAAAGAUACCCCGCAUGGAUCAAAUCCAUAAUUGGAGCUUAUCACAAUGAACCGACCAUUAAUUAUGCAAACAGUCGAUCGUGCUCGUGCACGGUUAUAGUCGUUUUUUUCGUCCUCGCACGUUUAAAAUCGAAUGCAUUUACGUUUUCGCAACAGAUGCGGGAAAUUGCGUUUGAUUGAAGGUAUGUUUGCGAUAACUGACGUCAAGCAUGCCGAUCCAAGCGUGGAUGGAACAACUUUGACAGUAACAAAUCAGAUUGCAUUUCGAAACGACCUUCCCGGCUGUGCGCCAUCGAUCUUUGUUCUGGAAGGAUCCGUUCAUUGACCCUUGUCGUAAAUGAAAAAAAAAGAUACUUCGUUCCGUGAAAUUUGCACGUUCACUGCACUCCAUUUUGAAAUCAUAUUUAUGUUCCUGUCCGCCUGUCGGUUACCGCACAACUCGACAGCAUUUCGUCGCCGUUGUCAGAUGGCGAUGCAUAAAAUGCUCAUUACACUGAUUCUGGCAUCCCUUAUUCCGUCGAACUCAGAGAACGGCACAAAGUGCACCGAAACGCGCGUCAACUUUAUCCAAUUUUAGCUCUUUAUUUCUUCUCCAUCGUGCUCAAGUAAUGCCGGCGCGACAAAGGAAAACUCAAUGGAGAAACGAGAAAAACUGCCACCAUACCAAUAUUGGUGGAAACUUUCAACGUCAUUCCAUUCCCAUUGUUGUCGGUCUCUUUUCGCACGAAACAAUGACGCACGGUUUAUGAAAAGCUCAUCGAAGGAAUAAUUUACAGUUCACUUUGCACUCCAUUUCUGUUGCCAAACGGAAUGGUAAGUCGAGCUGGUUGUGAAACUAAGCCAAAAAUGGACGGCAACAGCGUGAAUGACGAACGAG